AUGGCGGGCAGCGGGCUGACCAAGAACCAGCGGCGGCGCCUGAAGAAGCGCGCGCAGAGGCAGGCGGAGGCGAACGGCGUCAAGACCGAACCCGUCGGUGCUGCCGCCGUUGCCAGCAGCAGCAGUAAUGGCUCCUCUGGGCCGACGGAGGACGCGGCUCCGGACGUGGAGGUGGAGUACGUGAGCGCCGACCUGAGCAAGGAGCUGGCGCUGCCGCAGGACGACCCGGCCUACGAGGAGAUGAUGCGCGUGUUCGGCAAGUUCUCUUCUGCCGAGGAGCUCUGCGGCGCCACGGACAACGAGGUGCGUCCCCUGCCAAGAGCGCAGGAUAUCUAUCUCUCCGUCCUAGUCGGGCCUACUCAUGACGGGAAGGACGACGAGAAGAAGGAGAAGGGUGAAGAUGAAGGAGAAGACGGGCAGGAGGCGAAGGAGGACGAAGAGGAGCAGACGCUGUCCAAGAAGGCGCGCAAGAAGAGCAAGCGUCUGAGCGUCGCGGAGCUCAAGCAGCUCGUGGCGUACCCGGACGUGGUGGAGGCGCACGACGUCACGUCGGCCGACCCGCGUCUGCUCGUGUACCUGAAGUCGUAUCGCAACACGGUGCCCGUGCCGCGCCACUGGUGCCACAAGCGUAAGUAUCUUCAGGGCAAGCGCGGCAUUGAGAAGCCGCCGUUCCAGCUGCCAGAGUUUAUCGCCCAGACCGGCAUUGCAGAGGUGAGGGAUUCGGUGGCGGAGGACGACGAGAAGAAGAAGAACAAGCAGCGCGCGAGGGAACGCGUGCAGCCCAAGAUGGGGCGCGUGGAUAUCGACUACCAGGUGCUGCACGACGCCUUCUUCCGCUUCCAGACCAAGCCCAAGCUGACCCAACUCGGCGAUCUGUAUUAUGAAGGCAAGGAAUUCGAGGUGAAGGUAAAGGCGAAGGUGCCGGGUCAGCUCUCCGACGAGCUUAAGGCAGCGCUGGGUAUGGUGGAAGGCGUACCACCGCCGUGGCUGCUGAAUGUACAGCGAUAUGGCCCGCCGCCCGCUUAUCCUAACCUUAAGAUCCCCGGCUUGAACGCCCCAAUUCCGGAGGGUGCAAGCUUUGGCUAUCACCCCGGCGGCUGGGGUAAACCGCCUGUGGACGAGAAUGGUGUGCCGUUGUAUGGUGACGUAUUUGGCAAAGCGACUGAAUCUGAGAACCAGGUAGGAAAUAUCGCGCGGUUGAUUACAAGGCGGUGCUGGCGACUAACAACCGCUGUGCGGCAGGGCGAGGAAAUUAAUCGCGAGAGGUGGGGAGAGCUGGAGGAAGAAGAAGAAGAAGAAGAAGAGGAUGAAGGCGAAGAGGAGCAGGAGGGAGCAGAAGGCGCGGAUGAGGGCGAUGCCGAGGCUGAGGGCCUUGAUGCUACCGGUUUGGAAACUCCGCUCGUGGACGGCAUCUCCAGCGUUGCAUCGGGUCUUACUACGCCCGGUGUCGUGGAUCUGCGCAAGGGCAGAGGAACCGAGACACCCGACGUUCCUCAGCAGCUUUACACCGUUCUGGAGCAGAAAGAGACAUCAGUCGGUACGUCACUAUACGGCUCGGGGCAUGCUUAUGUGGUCCCUGGUGGCGCCGAGUCGAGUGGCACGCGUACUGAGACCGGUCGGGUCCGACGUCGCUUCGAAGACGCGCCAUCGUCCACCUCGGAGUCUGCUGAUCCAGCAGCGGAAGACGAAGAGGAGGCCGCCAAGAAGAAAAAGAAGGCCAAGACCGAGAAGAGCAAGAAGCUCAAGGACUUCAAAUUCUAA